AUGUCUCCCCACACUGUCGACCACGUCUCACAGUCACCCUUCAUCAUCUGCUCCCCCGAUGAUGAUCUCCUCACCCCCGAACAAUGCGAAGAGAUCUUCAAGCACACCUCCUCCCAGCCCCUGUACCAACCUCUCCCGCCGCAGACACCAGGGUUCUUCCCUUUCCCUUCUACAAUCCACACAAAGUUCCUGCAGCUGCGCUGGGAAGGGAGACGGUCUAGGGUUAACCUUGGGUACGCGCUUGCAAACGUCUGCUACAGGCGUGUCAUCCAUGACAGCAUAUUCUUCAAGGUCAUCGACUUGAUAGAUGUCCCGCCUCUGGCAGCGGACAUGCUCGGGUUGGUGCAGAAGUAUACGCACCAGGUAUUCCGCGACAUUGCUGGGCAGCCCCAGGAUAUCCUGCAGCUUCGGAUGUCGACCGAGACGCAAUCUCUACAAGCCGACCACUCCACGCCACAAUCACCCCCAGACGCCCCCAACGGCGCCAUCACCUACUGCAGCGGCCGCACCCCCACGCACCUCCCGCUCCUCCUCCUCGUCGUGGUCCCCACCUCCGACACCGCCAGCGCCCUCGGGAUCUGCCACAAGCACAUGCUCGUCUACGCCGAAGACUACUUCAAGCGCUUCCCCUACGAGACCGAAUACCGUAGCUACGUACUGUGCCUCCAGGGCAGCGUGGUCUACUUUACCUCAACUAAAACCAGCCGCCACAGCGUGGACGUUUUUGGUGUCAAGUCGCUCUUCAAGCAGUGCCAGGACCGCAUUGACCAGCAUGUCCUUUCGUCGUUCAAGUAUGACAUCGCCGAGUUCGGCCAGGCGUGUGAGUUCUUCAAGGUCUACCGCUAUAUGGUUGGGAUGUUGGUGGUGGGCGAGGAGGUGGCGUGCUCGGUUCAUAAUGCGCUGAAGAAUACCAGGGAGGAGGGGAAGUUUGAGAUUGCCGUAGGUGGUGAAGGGUCUGGGAAGUCAGGCAGAGGUGGUGCUGAACCUGAGUCCUGCGCGUCGGAUGACAAGGAGAAGGACAACCAACAGCAGGCGGAGACUACGGCCCCCGUCGAAAACAAAUAA